AUGGAAGAGAAAUAUCAGAGUGAUCUUAUCAUUGACGAAAUCAUUGUUUCACACACUCUGGUGACAGCCGGUCGAAUGCAAAGUAGUCUUUUCCUACACAGAAUAAUCCUGUGUACUAUCACAGGCAGUUUUGGUCUGGUGUCUAAUAUCAUCAACAUCUGUGUCUUUGCCAGGCAAGGGUUAAACUCAUCGAUUAAUAUCAGCUUCUUCGCUUUGGCCAUUACGGAUGUUUUCCGAAUCGUGGCGGUGAAUUGGAUGAAUCUAUGUUCAUCCCACAUAAUCCAGUCGCUAGAUGUGUCAUUUGUAUUGGUGGAGCUAUCGUAUCGUACAGCAAGUUGGUCCAUACGAUGCGCCAAUAGAAUCACCAUGUUUACCGCAGUGUUUAUCACCGCCGAGCGAUGCCUCUGCAUUAUGGUCCCUCUGAAAGUCAGGAAAAUUGUCCCCCCUUUUAAAAGUGUUGCGGUCUUAAUCACCAUAGACGUUUUUAAUGUGUUCGGAUUUGUUCAUGAAUGUAUGUCGGGUAACUACAGCUGGACAUUUGCUGCAACCCAAAACAAGACGUUAAUAGCGUUGAAGGUUAGAAGUAACAGCGCUGAGAAUGAAGGAAUGGCUUUCACCCUUCACGCUGUUCUAAUGAGUGCCGGUCUCUUGUGUGUUGUCGUCUUCACUGCUGUACUUGUGGUGAAGCUGAAUCAAAAGACACAAUGGCGGUUGGAAAGCACGAGCGACGACAGACAGCGCGAGACGUUCAAGACUAAAGAUCGUAAGACUGUCAAAAUGGUGAUCCUUGUGGCUGCCGUCAUGGUCGUUUGUUACACUCCGGCUGUCAUGCUGUCCGUCGUCUCGGCUUCAUGCCCAGAGUUCAACGUUACUGGCCCACUAGCUUCACUGUUUCAUGGCGUCUGGACUGUGGUCUUUGUGCUGGGUACAGUCAACGCCAGCGUCAACAUAUUUAUCUACUACAGUAUGAGCACCAAAUAUAAAGAAGAUUUAAAACAGUUGCUGCGAGUAACGACCUUUAUAUAA